AUGAACGGCGACGGCUACUCUCGCGACGGACGGGGAAAGGGAUCUCGCGACUACCCGAGGGAUCGCGAUGAUCGACGCGGUGACAGAGAUAGGCACCGUGACCGCAGACGCUCCCGUUCACCCUACGACCGAAGCUCGAGACGUCGCGACGACGAGGACAGCUAUGCGACUAGCCGCAGCCACCGCGAGCGCGAGCGCGAGGACAGAUAUUCCGGCCGCGACAGACGCGGCGACAGAGAAUGGGAUCGCGACCGCGGGUCUUCCAGACGCGAUGCUAGAAGAGACGACGACGAUCACCGACGCAGAGACCGCGACCCCUACGACGAUCGACGCCGAGGCGGACGAGACAGACAGGAAGACGGUGGACCUGGUGGCCGCCGCGGCGAGCGCCAACGCAGCGCGACACCGCCUCCUAAGAAGCGAGAACCGACACCCGACCUGACCAACGUCACGUCGGUUCUGGAGCGCAAGCGACGUUUGACUCAGUGGGACAUCAAACCCCCCGGUUAUGAGAAUGUCACUGCUGAACAAGCCAAGCUGUCAGGCAUGUUCCCAUUGCCCGGUGCUCCCCGCCAGCAGCCCAUGGACCCGAGCAAGCUCCAGGCCAUUAUGAACCAGCCCGGUGGCCAGGUCAACAGUGCCGCGCUGAAGCCGAGCAACUCGCGCCAGGCCAAGCGACUCCUCAUCAACAACCUCCCCCCUUCUGUCACCGAGGACAGCAUCGUCGGCUUCUUCAACUUGCAGCUUAACGGGCUGAACGUCAUCGAGAGCACGGAUCCCUGCACGAGCUGUCAGCUUUCCAAGGAUCACUCCUUCGCAGUUGUCGAAUUCAGAAAUGCUUCCGAAGCCACAGUGGCUCUUGCGCUCGAUGGUAUUUCCAUGGAGCCUGAUGAUGCUGCAAACGGCGCAGCUGGCAGCAAUGGUCUAGUUAUUCGCCGUCCCAAGGACUACAUUGUUCCGGCCGUCGUGGAUGACGUGCCCUAUGAGCCGGGCGUUGUCUCCAACAUUGUGAUUGACACACCGAACAAGAUUAGUAUCGCGAACAUGCCGCCGUACCUUUCCGACGAACAGGUCACCGAGCUGCUGGUCUCUUUUGGAGAGCUGAAGGCAUUUGUGCUUGUUAGAGACAGGAGCACCGAAGAGUCCAGGGGUAUUGCCUUCUGUGAAUACGUCGACCCCUCCGCGACCGACGUCGCCAUUCAAGGUCUGAACGGCAUGGACCUUGGCGACAAGAAGCUCAGAGUCCAGAAGGCUAGCGUUGGAGUCACCCAGGUCGCUGGAGUGGAAAUGGGUGUUGCUGCUAUGUCCAUGCUCGCCGGUACCACGUCCACGGACUCUGGAGAGACUCGUGUCUUGCAGCUGCUCAACAUGGUUACCCCUGAGGAGCUGAUGGAUAACGAUGACUACGAAGGCAAGUUAAAACCGCAUGUCGAGGAAGAGUGCGCGAAAUUCGGCAAGGUUCUUGAUGUCAAGGUGCCCCGGCCGGUAGGCGGAAGCAGACAAUCUGCGGGCGUUGGCAAGAUCUUUGUCAAGUUCGAGACAACGGAGGUGGCAAAGAAGGCGUUGCAGGCACUUGCAGGACGCAAGUUCGCGGAUCGAACCGUCGUCACGACCUAUUUCCCUGAGGAGAACUUUGAGCCGACAACCAACCACCAAAACCAAACCGUCAAGAUGGGCCGUCUUCACUCCAAGGGAAAGGGUAUCUCCUCCAGCGCGAUCCCCUACUCGCGCAACCCCCCCUCGUGGCUCAAGACCACCCCCGAGCAGGUCGUCGACCAGAUCUGCAAGCUGGCCAAGAAGGGUGCUACCCCUUCCCAGAUCGGUGUCAUUCUCCGUGACUCCCACGGUGUUGCCCAGGUCCGCGUUGUCACCGGUAACCGCAUUCUGCGCAUCCUCAAGUCCAACGGCCUUGCCCCCGACCUCCCUGAGGACCUGUACAUGCUCAUCAAGAAGGCCGUUGCCGUCCGCAAGCACCUCGAGCGCAACCGCAAGGACAAGGACUCCAAGUUCCGCCUCAUUCUGAUCGAGUCCCGUAUCCACCGUCUCGCCCGCUACUACAAGACCGUCGGUGUCCUCCCCCCUACCUGGAGAUACGAGUCCGCCACCGCCUCCACCAUCGUCGCCUAA